AUGGUUUAUGCACAACGGGAGCUGCGAGAUGGCGACCUCCCCAGCGAGGUACCUCAGGCUUUCGAGGACCUCCGAAAAGAAAUUUUCUCAUUCUCAAAGCCUCAAAGUGGCCAGCUUGAUGGGAUGAUAGGGCUCUACAUUGUCUUCACCGAAGAGAAUCAUUACAUGCCUGAGGAGAUUCAGCCACGGAACUUGAUUAGGGACAUGAAAUACGAUUUUUGUGGUGAAUCGUGGACUGGUGUAGACUGA